AGAGAGAAAAGAUGGACGACAUAGAUGCCAUGUUCAGUCACCUGCUCGGAGAGAUGGAUCACCUCUCUCAGAGUUUAGGGCCUGCAGCCGAGUCACCAGACAUAAAUCCUACCUCACAGACAGAGAGCACCUUCUCCUUUGGCUUCACAGACUUAAAUGAGUCUCUUAAUGAACUGGAGGACCACGACCUGGAUGCUCUGAUGGCUGACCUUGGAUCAAUAUCAACCUUUAAAAACAGCAGCGAUACAGAUAAUCAACUUUCAGCAUCAGCCAUGACUCAGGAAUCUGAGCCAGCAGCUGCCCUUCCUCCACCACCAAACACUGCUGAAUCAUCUGAAGAGUGGCAGAUGAGCAAGCCCCAUUCAAAGGCAGACAAAAUUAAAUUGGCUCUGGAGAGGCUGAAAGAAGCCAAAGUGAGGAAGUUGAUAGUAAAAGUAAUGAUGAGUGACGGCAGCGCCAAGACACUGAUGGUGGACGAGAGACAGACUGUGCGAGAGGUUUUGGACACGCUGUUUGAGAAGACACACUGUGACUGUAGCAUCGACUGGAGCCUGUGUGAGACCAACCCUGAGCUGCAGAUUGAGAGAGGCUUUGAGGACCAUGAAUAUUUAGUGGAGCCGCUGUCUAUGUGGACUCGCCACAGUGAAAACAAAAUCAAUUUUGUGCUAAGACCUCAGAAGUAUGUGAUGUUCACAGACCCUCAGAUGUUUUACAUGUGGAAAAAGAAGACAGCAUGUUUGAGUGGGAUUAAUGAGCAAGCCAAACAACUCCUACUCAAGGAGCAUUUUGGGGGUUCUACUGUAAUUGUUCCUGAUCUUGAGGGCACGCUAUACUUAAAGGAAGAUGGGAAAAAGAUUUGGAAACCUCGCUACUUCGUGCUCAGGGCCUCUGGCAUCUACUAUGUACCAAAAGGAAAGACAAAGGUAGUUUGGCCCACUCUUCCUGAGCAAACUGCUCCAGCUGUCUCAGGUUUGAUGGGUGCCUUCUCCAGACUGCAAGUUUCAGCUCUUUCCAUAGAUGUUCGAUAG